GCUCGACGAAUAUCUGGCCCUCGAGGCAUCUACUUGGCGUUAUCCUUUGUUCAUUAGACUCGACGCCAAGUUAAAUUGAACGUCAAGUUAAUCACUAACUACUUUUGAAAAACCUGACCGUGUAGUAGAAAAACGGCUUCUUUUGGAAGGUACGAAGACUUCACAUCUUUGACGUCACUUAAAGUAAUGACGUCAUCAGCUGCGUAUGACGUCAUGCACAACGUGACAGCCACAUAGCAACGUGUGGUGUCCUUCGCAUAUUCGUGUCGGUUUGGAAAGUUGCUGCAGUUGGCGCAAUGAAUUGAAUUACAGCAUUUGUUAUUGGCUAUUUCCCAUUCCUAUAUCAACCAUAAACAAUAACAUAUUUAAAAAUGACCGAAUCGGCCAAAAAAGGACAGAAAAGUGUCACUCCGCUGAAGUCGUCGCUUAAGAAAUCAAAUUAUGGAUCACAUGCUCCGAAAUCCGCCAUUAAGAAAGCGCAGGUGUCUGCAGCCCCGAAUACCGGGAAGUCCAGCAUUAAGAAGGUCCAAGUAUCUGAACCACGGAGGCCUUCCAUGAAGAAGACGCAGACUGAGCCCGGAGACAACGAUUCACUAUCAGAUGUGGCUAAAGGUGCCGCAAAAAGACUGUUGACAGGCGAUGGAACCGAGAGCAAACCUGAUUGGUAUCAAGAACUCAGUGAACAACAGAUCACUAUGUUUAAAAAUCUUUUUGAGCUCCUGGACCGUGAUGGUGGUGGCAGUAUUGAUGGCGAGGAGUUGUUUGCGGUGAUGAAGGAACUGGACAUCGGGGUCACGAAAGAAGAGAUUGUCGCCGUAAUACGCGACCUCGGCAAGGCCGGCAAUGACGAGAUCGAUUUUGAUGAGUUUCUCUACUGCAUGUCCUGUCCUGAAAGAUGGAUGAAAGAGGAUCCGGAUGAGAGUAAGGCGGGCACCACUGACAAUGGAAAUGCGAGAAAAUACACAAAGCGCGAGACCAUAUUCUUCACAGCUAUCACCAGGUUUGCCAUCAAAAACUCCAUGGGCGAUAUUGAACGGUAUUAUGCGGCAAAAGCACGCCGUACCCCCCACGUGAUCGGCCACUACACUGCCGGGGCGCGUCUGAUUGGCUUAACCGACAGACAGAUUGAACGGCAUCUUGCAGAUCUCCAGAGGUCAUCCAAAGGCGUGAAGUCCCCGUAUGCCAAACCUCUGCGUUUCGUAACUUCAUCUAAAAAAUCCUCCAAACACAGUGGCAAGUCUCGGAAAAGCGGACAAGGACAGUUUGAGUCCGUGACAGUCCAGCCACCCUUGCGGCGGGACAAGCGGCAGGAAGAGGCCCGGUCAUCGGGACUAUGCGACAUUGAGGAAGACAUGGCCUUGCUUACACUGCGUGAUCUUGCUGAUAAAGGAAAUAUCGUUGCCAAACUCCCAGGUGUUCACCUCGUUCCUCAGAUCAGACAGAAACUUGCAAGUGGUGAAAUCGAUGUGAACAAUCCAAUCAUGAGCACUCAAAGGAAGCGCAGACAACAAAAGCAAGAUACGCCUGAAUCGACUGCUCAGGAGGGUUAUGGAAAUCCGAACAGCCAAGCCAGACCGCACACUGUCCACGGAACAAGUAAGAUUCAGCAUGAUAGUAUACCCCCUUAUGGUACUGCUUGGAAGGUCCCCUACACGACAACUUCAAGCAGGGAGAUGUUGCCUUUGCCUCACAUCAAACUUAGCGUUAAAGGAGCUCCAACCAUUAACGACCUACCACAGAUCAGAAAGGAGGUGUCGUCUGCUGUGAACGGCUACUACUCCAAGCUGCGGAAGAGAACCGUACGUACCGCUUGGAAUCACUGGGGUGACCUGCAUGCGGACCAGAUACAUUCAAAGACCCUCCAGGCAAACCUCUGGAGAUCCUACAAGGCGUACUCCCCGUGCAGGGAAGAAGAGGCCUUCGUCAUCUGUCCGUGGAUCCCUGGCCCUGUAGGGAUCAAGUGUGGUGGUGGCAGGUGCAGCGUCAAUUCAACAGCAACCAUGUCAAGACCAAUGUACGAGUGGUGAUUGUUUACAAAGCUGAUAUAUAAAAAAUAUAACGUCUGUCAUGUUGGGACAAGUUGCUCAAAGAUACUCCAGCCAUAGCGCUUCUAGUAAGAGUGUGGUGACCCUCAGUU